CAAUCUGCAGCAGGUGAAGAAUAGGAGGUCCUUCACUGAUCUUCCGACAUCCAUCCAUGUGUGGAAAAGUAAGUUCGUCUUCGUGCCGCUGGGCGAGGGUGGGACCGAGUUUCCUUUCGUCGCCCACAACGGGAGAUUUAACCUCCAUGAUGCGUCGAAGAGUUCAAUCUUGGACGCUCAGGUGGCGGCGUUCUUGGAAGGGGGGCCGAGGAGCGUGAAGGAAUAUAUCACGGAGUAUAAGAUGGCCGCCCUCGGCUUUGUGAGGUACUUCGUCUACGAGGAUGCAGAGGAUGAUGUUGAAAUUUGGCCGAAGAUGACUACCACCUUUGAGGAGGCCGAUGGCCCGGAUUGGGGUGUUCCCGCUGAAGCCGAUGACUUUGUCAUGGAUCACAGAUCCGUCAUGAGCAGGGCUAAGGUAAAGGUGGCCGCUGAACAGGCCGUUAAAGAUGCUGCGAAGCUGG